CAACAUCCCUGCGCCAGAGACUCUCAGAGUCUCUCCGCACUCACCGAGGCCUUCCUGGUCGUGACCUAAUCCGCUCGUCUGCUCGUCCUCUCGUCCUCAUGCACACGGAAAAUGGCGGAGCAGAAGGAUACAGAAGGCUCAAGGGUUUCGAAGCUCAUCAUUCAAUAUAUGCCGGACCUGGGAUGGUACGAAGACCUGUACCGGACACUCCAUGCCAACCCCGAGCUCUCCCUCCAGGAAGAGAAGACUGCUGAGGUUGUGGCGACCCACCUGAGAAAGUUGGACGGCUUGGAGGUCCGCACUCACAUUGGCGGCUGCGGCGUGGUCGGCAUCCUCAAGAACGGGCCUGGCCAGACUGUUCUUUUGCGAGCAGAGCUGGAUGCCCUCCCCGUCCUAGAACGUACUGGUCUUGAAUUUGCGAGUUCCAAGACCGCUUUGGAUCUGUCCGAUAACAUCGUCAAGCCUGUGAUGCAUGCAUGCGGCCACGACUUGCACAUUGCAUCUCUGCUGGCCGCCUCAGAACUUCUGCACAAGAGUCGCCGAGCUUGGCAUGGUACUGUCAUCGCACUAUUCCAACCCAACGAGGAACGCGGCGCCGGUGCGCAGGCCAUGGUCGAUGACGGCCUGUUUGACAUUACGAAACAUCAUAUCCCGAUACCACACGUGGCUUUGGGCGGCCAUGUGAUGCCUAUGAGAACAGGCAUGAUCAAGACUCGGAGCGGGGUGAUGGGCAGCGCAGCCGACAGCUUUUUGGUGACUCUCUAUGGCCGUGGUGGCCAUGGAAGUCGUCCACACCAUGCCGUCGACCCUGUGGUCUUGGCGAGCAGCACGGUAAUGAAGCUUCAGACGAUAGUAAGCCGCGAGACCGAUCCACGCGAAACUGUGGUGGUCACAGUCGGGUCCCUACAUGCAGGGUCGGCAGCGAACAUCAUCAGCGACGAGGCCGAACUUCAGAUCAACAUCCGAACGUUCAGCUCGAACGCCAGGCAGAAAGUGAUAGAGGCAGUCAGGCGCAUCGUCGACGCCGAAUGCAGAGCCUUUGGCAGCCCAAAGCCGCCACUAAUUCAGCACAUUGGAUCAUUUCCGCUGCUCUACAACGAUGAAACCGCCACUGACAUUGUCUCGAGAGCCAUGAAGAGCCACUUUGGCGCAAAUUUUGGUACAGAUGCAACCAUCUCUACCGGGAGCGAAGAUUUUGCCAACCUAACAUCUCCUCUGUCGAUUCCAAGCGUUUUCUGGAACUAUGGCGGAAUCGAUGCCCAGCAGUGGGACGAUGCAGUGCAGAAUGGAAAGGUGGAAGACAUUCCCGGCAAUCACAGCGCCUUCUUUGCGCCUGUGAUACAACCUACCUUGUCGGUUGGGACUGAGGCAUAUGCCACUGCAGCACUGGCAUUUUUGCUAUAA